CCAUCUCUAAAUCGAAUACACAACUGAAGAAGAAAAAAUAUGGAAAUGGUGUUAGCUAAAUCUAUAAAAAUUCAAUUGUAAAUAUUAUUUGUAUAUAUUACGCACGAAUUGAAAGUGAAUGUGCCUACGAGCGUGUGUUGAAACGAAAUAACGAGCGUGCAGUGGAAAGCGUGUAAAGUGAUUCUUGGUCUUGCCUGAGUGUGAAGCGUUGCGUUUCGUGUGAAAGAGCGAGCGAGAGGUGCGAGCUUAAAGCAGUAGAAGCCAUAUACAAAAUAACGUGUGUGAGCGCUGCCCAAAAUCAGAUAUUACAGACGUCUUAACAACGUCCACGUCCAAACCCCUCAAUAGUAUCCAGAUCCGCCAAAGGGUCAAGUGGUUGUAGUGAUGGAUUUCGUUCAAGUUUCGGAGGAGGAGGGUGACGAGCCCAUCGAGUUGCCAGCUGAGGAGGAUGGCACCUUAUUGCUAUCCACACUUCAGGCCCAAUUUCCCGGGUCAUGCGGUCUUAAGUACCGAAAUCUCGACACGAAAGCGGUGCGAGGGGUUCGCUCCAACGAGGGAAGGUUUUUCCCGCCCAGCGUUGAUUCGGGGUGGGGCGAAUAUGUGUACUUCUGUGUGUUUCCAAAGGAAAACAAGCGGAAGAGCGACGAUAACCUGGAGAACUCAACGGCCAAAACCAAACGCAUCGAAACCAGGCUGCGGUGCACCGAUCUCAUUGUACUCGGCUUGCCAUGGAAGACUAGCGAGGACAGCUUAAGGGAGUACUUCGAGAGCUAUGGCGAGGUGCUGAUGGCUCAGAUCAAGAAGGACAACAAGAGUGGUCAGUCCAAGGGCUUUGGAUUCGUGCGAUUCGGAUCUUACGAUGCCCAGAUGCGAGUGCUCUCCAAUCGGCACCUGAUCGACGGUCGUUGGUGUGAGGUGAAGGUGCCCAACUCCAAGGGAAUGGGCCAUCAGGUGCCCUGCAAGGUCUUCGUCGGACGCUGCACUGAGGACAUCAACUCGGACGACUUGAGGGAGUAUUUCUCAAAGUUCGGCGAAGUCACUGAUGUCUUCAUUCCGCGGCCCUUCAGAGCUUUCAGUUUUGUCACCUUUCUCGACCCCGACGUGGCACAAUCGCUGUGCGGAGAGGAUCAUAUCAUCAAAGGUGUCUCGGUGCAUGUCUCGAAUGCUGCACCAAAGGCCGAGCAGAACAGAAAUAGCCAGGCCCAAAACUACAACUACAACUCAGGCAACAGCUUCGGCAUGAACUCAUACCCCCCACAGGGGAACCACAUGAAUGGUGGCCGCAGUGGACACCAUCGAGGUAAUAACCAGCACAACGUACACGGAGGUGAGAACUCAAUCACCAAUGGUCACAGCAAUAUUGGCGGUGGUGGUUACGGCAUGGGUGGCAAUAAUUAUGGAGGCAACUCGGGCGGGGGAUAUCACAAUAAUGGCAGCAAUCACUCUGGCGGGAACCAGAAUCGUCAGGAUGGCGGCUCCUCCUACAAUAGGCAGGCAUUUCAUGGAAUGAACCAGCCGCACAACGGCAACGUGGGCGGCAGUAACGGCUGGAUGAACCGGGGUCACUUGGAUAUGCCGAACUUGCAGGCGCUAGGCAUCAAUUCGCAGGGUUCCAGUUCAUCGAACCAAGGUCAGAACAUGAACAACCCACUGGGGGUUGGAUUAAAUUUGAACUCUUUGCCGAUCAACCCGGCGCUGGUAGCAGCUGCCCUGAAUCAGUGGAGCCUUGUCGGCAAUCAGCUACAAAACCAGAACCAGGACCAGCAGGGAGGCAAUUUUUUAUCGUGGAUGGCGCAGAACGGUCACAACGCCAACUACGGUGGCCGAAAAGGAGCGAAUAACCAAAAUAACUCUGGCGCUAACAAUAUGAUUAAGACAGACAACUCCGACCAGCAGAACGGCAACGCGGGAUGGUCAAAUCAGAGCAGCGGAUCCCAAAAUUCAGUUGAGAAGUCAAACUUUCUAUGAAGGAUACUUCGCUGAUUUGUUUAGGCACUCGAUCGAAUGAGUGUUUUUGCGAAUAACGUUGAUUUAACCAAAACAAAUGUAGCUUACUUAACUAUAUGAAAUAUAUGUACUCUAUAUUUAAAAAUGGAUUAGAAGUGUAUGUAUUUAAGCAUACUAAAUAAACCUUUUUGUAUUUAAGUGACACUAGAGAAUUUUGGUCGACAUCAGUGAAAAUGAGAAUGGAAACAAGUGUAACCAUUUAUUGUACUCUCUUCAAAAUAAAAUACACGCCAAAGCUCAAAAGAA